AUGUCGGCACGGCAGAACAAUGGCAUCCCUCGCCAGAACAUGCGCGACGCCAUAGUCCAGCAAUGGGACCCCUCGCGACGACCAAAUCCUCAGGCACGAUCAGCACAGCCUACGGGAGCUCCGCCAACACCGCCCUUGAACGACAGCGAAGAGGAACAUGCAGAAAGACAGAGGACUUUGCGCGACAAGAUCAUGCAGCAGGUCGAGGAGAAUGGUAUAGAGCGUCCUCAAGGCUACAAUGUCUCAUACCAUUACAACCGUCGCGUCGAGAAUAUGCAUUUUGGUCGUACACAUCCCAUGAAGCCAUGGCGCUUGACUCUAACAAAACAUCUCGUCAUGGGUUAUGGUUUACAAUUCGCCAUGGACAACUACGAUGCUCUUCCUGCAACAAAGGAGACUGUUGCUGCCUUCCACGACGAAGAUUACGUCGACUUCCUCUCAAAAGUCUCACCCCAAACCUUCCAAGAACUCUCCCUGAUUUACGAGGAUAGAACUCCGCAGAGUUAUCCCGGAGAUAUGGUCAAGCUGGGUCCUUUCAACCUGUCACCCUCGCCUGGUGCUGAUUGUCCUGUUUUCGACGGUAUGCAGGAGUACCUCUUCUUAUACACUGGUGCCACCAUGGAAGCUGUAUCAGCUCUGACAAACCACCAGUCUGACAUCGCCAUCAACUGGUCUGGUGGUCUGCAUCAUGCACACAAGUCCGAAGCUUCAGGCUUCUGCUAUAUCAACGACAUUGUUCUAGGAAUUCUAGAACUGCUAAGAUGCCAUCAACGUGUCCUAUAUAUCGAUAUUGACGUCCAUCACGGUGACGGCGUCGAGGAAGCCUUUGCCAGCAGCGACAGAGUAAUGACUCUCUCCUUCCACCGCUACGGCAUCAUCGACGAGGAUUCAAAAGAAAAACACCUCUUCUUCCCGGGCACCGGCGCCUUGAACAGCAAUGGCAACGAAAACAGCAUCGGCAACCACUUUGCCCUCAACGUGCCCAUCCCCAAAGGUAUCGACGAUGAACAAUUUCUGUAUCUAUUCGAGAUGAUCACCGGCCGUACACUAGAGCACUUCCGUCCUCAAGCCAUUGUACUCCAAUGCGGCGCUGAUUCUCUCGGCGGCGACCGUCUCGGCCAAUUCAAUCUCAACAUCCGCGCCCACGGCGAAUGUCUCGCCUUUGUCAAAAAAGCCGGCGUGCCUCUCCUCAUCCUCGGCGGAGGCGGCUACACAGCCCGCAACGUCGCCCGCGCAUGGACACACGAGACCGCCCUCGCCGUCGGUGCCACCCUCAACGAAGAACUACCCAUGCACAUUGUUCCCCGCCCGCAAGCCUUCAUGGGCAAAGACCACGGCGAUGGAAAGCUAUAUCCUGAACUCGCGGGCUUUCAUAAGAAUAACGUCACGCAGAAGGAAUUGGAUUUGCUGGUUGAGCAUUGUCAUGAAGAAUUGAGGUAUAUUCAGCAUGCGCCUAGUGUUGUUAUGGCAGCGCUACCGGGGAGGGCGCAGAUGGAUGCGGCGAGACGCCAGGUCGAUGAUGAGUUGGAGGCUGAUAGGGCAGCUGAAAGCGGCAGGGGUGAGCGCGAACGACGUAGGCGCGAAAGAGGCACCGGCACAAGAGGAGAGCUGAGAUGA